AUGAAUUCGACAUUACCUGCAUUAGACAAGCCUGUUGCUCGAACCAAAGAAAUUGAUAGCGUUUGUGUGUUUUGCGGAUCUGGCCCGGGCGGUAAUCCCGAAUACGUUGAACAAGCAUCAAGAGGUGGAUCUGUCGGUGUAAUGGGUGCUGUUGCUCGAGGAGUGAUCGACAACGGUGGUAAUGUGAAGGGUAUCGUUCCCGAGCCGCUUUUUCGUCAUGGAAGCAAGCAGAUUGCCAGUGAAACGAUCGUUGUUGCUGAUAUGCAUACCCGCAAAAAGACGAUGGGUGACCUUAGUGAUGCAUUUGUAGUCCUUCCUGGGGGCUUCGGCACUGCUGAGGAAAUGCUCGAAAUGAUUACAUGGUCGCAACUAAACAUCCAUUCCAAGCCCAUCUUGUUGUUAAACACCAAUGGAUUCUAUGACUUGUUUGUAAAAUGGAUCGAGCAUGCUGUUCAAGAAAAAUUCAUCCACAGCAACAAUGCACGCAUUUUUGUCCUUUGCAACACGAUUGAAGAACUUUUAGACGCAUUGAAGAAAUAUGAGGCACCAACUGGUCGUUAUGGUUUGGACUGGAUAAAAUCCAGCGAUGGAGUCAGUGGACGCGACGUGACCUAG